UUUUUGGAGCAACGAAAGUAGAACAGCGCUACAUGCGUCGAGGGAAAUAUUAUCGCAAAGCAACUUUCUGAAGCAGCGUAACCAAACUCGAGGUAUGAGUGCCGAUGGUUUGUGACGUGUAUUUUGACCCACGGCGGUUAUAAUUAGGAAACCUAUCUGGGAAAAGUGUAUUUUAAUGCGCGGUUUGAUGACGUAAUGUUGAUUGUCAAACGCGAAAUGGCGAGUGUGCUAGGAGGCCCGUUACCUUCGACCCUCUGGGGUUGUAGCAUGUUUAUUUCCUUCAUGUUCCAGUAUCGAAACGAUUACAUUGGUAUGUCUAGUCCCGCACCAAACGAUACGGUCAAUGAUGGCGGCUGAGGUGGAGCAGGAGCAGGAGCUGGAGCGAGGCGACGAGUACCCAGCGCAUUACAAAGUCAUGAUGGACAAACUUAAUGAACAGCGACAGCUGGACCAGUUCACAGACAUUACCUUGAUUGUGGAUGGACACCAGUUCAGAGCCCAUAAAGCAGUGUUAGCCGCAUGCAGUCAGUUUUUCCAUACGUUCUUCCAAGAUUUCACCCAGGAGCCGCUGGUGGAGAUAGAAGGAGUGAGUAACACAGCCUUUAGCCUGCUGAUGGAGUUCACGUACACGGCGACACUAGUUGUAGUCGGAGAAGAAGAGGCCUUCGAUGUCUGGAAGGCCGCUGAAUACCUCCAGAUGCAGGAAGCCAUCAAAGCGCUCAACGUCAAGAUAAAUGAGAAUCCCUCCCUGACGGCAAAGAGCAAAGGUAAAAAGAGGAAGAUUGCGGAGACAUUUAAUGUGAUUACAGAAACCCUACCUUCAGUGGAAGGGGAGCAGGUGGAGAUUGAGGUGAUAGGGGAUGGGGCCAUCGAGGUGGAGGAGACCGGACUGGAGGAGGUGGUCGACGCGGCAAAGAAUGCUCAGGCGGCGUCCGACGACUCUGCUUUGGCUCUGCUCGCUGACAUAACCAGCAAGUAUCAGCAAGGGGAACCUACGCUACAGGUCCUGAAGAAGGGAGGAAUAGACGAGGAGGUGGUGUAUCAGGAGGAAACGGUGACUGCCUCCAAGGUGCUGGAGAAUGUCGAGGUCGUAGAGGUCCAGAUUUCCCAAGUGGACAACAUGUUCCGCUGCAACAAGUGCGAUCGCAGCUUCAAGCUGUACUACCACCUGAAACAGCACUUGAAAACACACCUGGGCUCGCUGGAAAAACCCCACGUGUGCAACCACUGCGGGAAAGCCUACACGCGGGAGGGCGCCUUGAAGCAGCACAUCACCACGUUUCAUUUUGACGCAGAAGAGCUGUCGCGGAACCAGAAACCCCAGAAGAGAGUGCACGUCUGUGAAUACUGCAAGAAGCACUUUGACCACUUCGGCCACUUUAAGGAGCACUUGCGGAAGCACACUGGUGAAAAACCAUACGAGUGUCCAGAUUGCCACGAGCGAUUUGCACGGAACAGCACACUGAAGUGCCAUAUGGCAGCCUGUCAGAAUGGGGCCGGAGCCAAGAAAGGACGCAAGAAACUCUACGAAUGCCAGGUCUGCAGCAGUGUAUUCAACAGCUGGGACCAAUUCAAAGACCAUCUUGUGAGCCACACGGGCGACAAGCCCAACCACUGUACCAUGUGUGACAUGUGGUUCACCCACCCAAAAGACCUAAAGGCCCACCUCAAACACAUCCAUUCCAUUGAGGUCAAGACAGUGGAAGAACUGGUCAGCAACAACGCUGACACCGCCAGCCUCGCCAUCGCAACGCAGAGCAUAGAAGGAGCCGAAACGGUACUGCUGGACGACGGCAUCCAGGUGGAGCACGUGGACGUGAUGGAGAUGGAGGAGACGGCGACCGUGGUGGUGGAGGACGGAGGGGUGGCGGAGAUGUGCGAGGAGGACGUGGAGAGACUAAAGCAGGCCGGGGUGCAGAUCCAGGUGGUGCACGUGACCACGACUGAAGUCGACGGGCAGCAGGUGGUGAACUCUCAGGUGGAAGUGGAGAUGGAGGGCGAAGUGGUGAGCGUCGAGGAGGCGGAGCAAGCAGUGGCUGUAUGAGAAUGUGAAAAAAGGACUGUGUCAUAAAGGACCUGCAGGACACUCUUACAGUCCUGAGCGGCUGCGGUUUCCUGGUAGCUGAGAUAUUUUGACAUAAAGAACAAUGCAUGUGAGAUACAGCAUGUUACCUCAACAUGUCCUGCUGUCUGCCAUCACAUCCAAUGACUCCGUUUCCAACUUCUCUCACUCUCUGACCUUAUGGACAGAGCUACGGAGACGUAUCAUUUCCCGCUACUGAUCCUGUAUUUAUUUUUAAGCCGUUUGUCAUCAUAUCACAUAUUUUCGAUGACUCUUCACUGUUUCAAUCAAAAUUUUUUUUGUUUCUUUGUGUCCUUAUUUUACAUCCGAUUGAAUAAUGUUCUUUUAGUUUGGGUCACUUGCCAAGACAAUUUGAUAAUGAUUGACAGGUUCUUGUUGCUGCAUACGUAUGGUGCUGGAUUUCCUCAGUGCUAAUGCUACAGUUUUGUUUAAGCUUAUUUUCAUAUUGAAUUUGGGUGUUUUUGUAGGAAAAAUGAAAUAAAGUUGGUUUCCAGCAUGG